UGGCCCUUCUUGUUCCUUAUUUUCUGCAUUUUAAAAGAUUUCUUGUUCUUCAUCCUCAUCCUGAUCCUAGUCCUCAUCUUAUAAUUUUCUUUGAACACUUUCUCCUCCUCCUUAUUAUUACCCUUAUUUUUGUUAUCAUUCUCUAGAUAUUCAUAUUCUGGAUUGGCUUAAUUUACUGAAGGGUACUGUGAUUAAGUCAUGAAAUAAGAUAAUUUGUCAGAUAUUUUUCCUGCUUCGUCUUUCUUUCUUUCAUUCAUUAUUUCUUUUUUCUUCGUCAUAAACAGUGGUUGUAAUUUUCAGUAUAUGUAAAUUUAUCUCUUUGACAUAUCCAGAAGUGUGCUAGUAGAUUUGUGAACAUGAGGAAAACUAAACAAAAAUAAUAAUAAAAAAAGAUUAGAGUGCAUAUCCACUCCAGUUAAUAUCCUCUACCAUCCUCAUAAAAUUACUUUUAAGAGAAGGCACUGGCCUAGCCUUUGCCAAUGAUGGAGUUUGUGGUGUAAAAGAAUCAUUUAUUCAACAUUAUUGAUUUUAUCCAUUUUGUAUAAGGGAGGCAGCUAAUUGAGAAUGAAUGAUAAACUACAGAAAGGCAACAAGAAAUAUGUGACAAUGGAAAGUGUGACAUAAACCUGAGAUUUGAUUUUUAUUAUUAUCAUCAUUUUUAUUAUUUGUAUUUGUAUUUGUAUUAGUAUUGUUAUUAUUGUGAAUUAUGAUUUUUUUCUCUCUGUUCCAAGAGACAAGAAUUUUCCUCUAAAGUAAAUUUCCUUAGGCCUACAUGUGCUUUCUUUAUAAGGUCUAAUCUUGCUGUAAAGCAUGAUGAUGAAAAUAUAUAUCAGGUAUGAAUGUCUUUAUUGUGAGGAAUUUGAGCUGUAGGAGAAAUAUCUAAAGCCAGAAUAAGUAGACAAAGGUUUUAAGAUAAAGAGAUACUGUCAAGUGUUACUUAUCUUCGUGCAGGAGUACCAUUGUUUGAGAUAAGGUUUUACCUUGUGUAGAAUUAUUUGAUUUUAUGAUCAUCAUUAUUUAUAUUGUAUGGUUAAAGGAAAAAUACCAUUGUAUGUAAUAUAUGUAAUCUCUGUUGCAUGUGAUUUUUUGUGAUGUUUUGACCAGAACAAUCUUCAAACACCUUAUCUACUUGCAUGCAUUCAUUGCACAACUGCCGUCAGUUUUGGAUUGAUAGGGAGACAUCAUUAGCCCCUUGGAGCCAGGUGCCUGCAUGUGGCCCAAAAUCCAGGUAUUAGGCUUACUUGAGUGGCUACUCUCACAGGUGUGUGGCUUGUGGACCAUGUGCACACAGACGCUCUUGUGUGGUGUCAAGACUCCUUGCCUUCCCUUUACAGUGUUAUCUCUUUUUCUGCAUUUUUUUCUUCUUCUUCUUCUUCUUCUUCUUCUUCUCCUUUUUCUUUCUUUUCUUUUCUUCUCUUCCCUCCCUUCCUCCCUCCUUCCUUCCUUCCUUCUUUUCUUCCUUCCUUCCUUGCUCCCCCCCCCCUAAGGAUGAAUACAUUUCUUACUCAUUUAUCGAUAGGAAUAAUGCAAGAGCCCUUUCCUAAUGGACACGGGAGUCUAAUCACCCUCUGAGAGCUUUGUGCACUCAUGGCAAGUCCUCUGCAUCACCACGGCCUUCAGCCAAAUUUCUCAUGAUGCCUAAUGGGAGACCACAAUGGUGAGGCCAGUCAGCUCCAAGAGAAAACUUUUCAGUGCCAGCAAAGAACAGAAAGAAAAUGAACCAGCCGAUGGCAAAUUAAGGACCAAGCAAGGUGAGGCCCUUGGCUACCCUGAGAGCUUCAGUGUAAACAGCAUUGGAGGCCAGCGGAAAGGUGGGGUUGCUGCUAACAACCACAAUAACAACUCAAGCCUUGGGAUAGGAGGGUGCAGCGGCAACGUGGGGGGAGCUGGGAAAUUGGUUGAAGGGGGGUGGGGGGCUGAAGAUGUAGCACCUUCAACCCACCACACCCCCAACCGCCCGGUCAUGCCCAUGUCUGAACGGCAGCAGAUCGCCCUUCUCAUGCAGAUGUCAUCACCUUCACCCCCAGACAAAGUAGACCUGAGCCGUUCCAGCAGCCCUCGCACACCAGGUACUCCAAGUGUGUGUCGUGGUGUUAACAAGAGGAAUGAGCGUGGAGAGACACCCCUCCACGUAGCCGCCAUCAAGGGGGAUACAGAAAGGAUCUCCCAGCUUAUUACUCAAGGUGCUGAUGUCAAUGCUACCGACUACGCUGGUUGGAGUGCGUUACAUGAGGCUUGUAAUCGAGGCUUCUACGGAGUGUCAAAGUUGUUGAUUGAAGCUGGAGCAGACGUUGAUGCCAAGGGACUAGACAACGACACUCCACUACACGAUGCAUGUGUCAACAAUCACUUUAAGCUGGUGCGCUUAUUGCUAAGGUGUGGGGCUGGCGUAAAUGUGGUGAACCGGCGUGGCAAGACCCCCCGUGACGUGUGCCGUUCCCCAGGCAUUGUGGCGCUGAUCGAGGCGGCGGCACGCGGCCAGCUCCAGGACCUGGGAACAUCUUCAGGGGACGAGCUCACACCACAACAGAAGGGUGCGUAUUCCAGGGGAAGGGGAGGGAGAAGCCAGAGGUAGAGUGAAUGGUUUGUG